AUGUCGCUACUCACACGCAUCUCCGUCCCCGCUCCACCCUCCCCAGAAGCAGAGGACAUCUUCUCCUCAGCCCUCACCACCAUCUUCACCGACGACGCCAUCAACUCAUGGGGCUCACCUGGCAGCUCAAUCACCUACCGCUCACCCACAUUCGGCCCACUGGAGCUGAAUGUACCAGUUCAUCCGGACGAGGAGCAAGGACGGAAGUUGUUCGCUCAUUACCUGUGGAAUGCCGGUGUUGUGGCUGCCGAUGCCAUUGAAAGUGCUAGUUCCGGUGACGGUGACCCGAUUGGUCAGCAGAAUGACCUAGGGAACGAGGAAGCGCCUCGUGUUCCAGGUGAAUGGGAUACACGGUAUUGGGACAUCAGGGGCCGACGUGUGCUUGAGCUUGGCGCUGCAACCGCCCUCCCCUCUCUGAUAUGCAUCCUCUGCGGCGCCUCAACAUGCACCAUCACCGACCACCCCUCUAGCCCGGCCCUGACCGGCGGCUCGAUCGAAAAGAACGUCCGCUCCAACCUCUUCAUCUACCAGGAUCCCAACGACGAACAUUCCCCUUUCCAGCGGCGCUCACGCUCCGAAAUCAACAUCUACGGUUAUGCUUGGGGCACGGAUGACUUCUACGAUCCGAAGAGCUACGGCAAGCGGGUCCAACCCCUGCCGGCGGCAUCUCUCCCACCGACUGCUGCACUCACGCCUGGGGGCUACCCAACAGUCGACAAGAUCAUCGUCGCCGAUUGUCUGUGGAUGCCGAGCCAGCACGGCAAUAUCGUGAAAACGAUCCUGGACUUCCUUGAUCCGGCGACCUCUAACAAUUCUACCACCACUGACGCAAAAACCGUCCCCUGCGCUCUCGUCGUCGCCGGCUUCCACACCGGCCGCGCCAUCGUACGUGACUUUUUCGCGCUUGCUACAGACCAUCCGUCGAUCACCACAGAGUCCUCCUCUCCCUCUUCUCCACCGCAAGACGGUCCCGCCAACGGAAACAUCAACAACGAUGCCCACCUGAAGCUCGCUACGAUCUUCGAAACAGACACGUCCGGCAACCGACGGGACUGGAUCUGGGACGAUGUGAGAGAGGGAGAGGGCAAGUGGGAGGCGAAGCGGUGGUGUGUCGUCGGGGUCCUCGUAAGGACAUGA